CCUUUUUGCCCUAGGCUUCACUAAACACACUAGACCGAUACACCAGCUUCCUGAAACUCCAGAAAAUAUUACGUAUAACCGUCGCCCGAAGGUCCCGACUUCUAAUCAAAAAUGGGGUCUAACCUCCUACUCCCAUCUUCUAUACUUCCCGCAGACUCUAAAACCUUCUCCGCAAAACCUUCCUCCGACGACGCAGUUGGGUGCAGCCGGAGAUUCUUCCGUUCCGUGCGCGCAAUAGCAGCGCCGGACCCGCCCUGGGUAGUUCCCUCACCAGCGGCGCGUGCUUCUUCUUAUCGAGGCCUCGAGCUUGUCUGCAACCGCCUUAAUUCCUCCCCCAAUGGCCGCAUCCCCAUUUCCCUCCGCCUCGUGCAGCUGCAGAAGAAGAGCCUCGCCAGACGCCGGCGACCGGUGGACCCUUCAGCUCUCUGCCCGAUCAGUGGCGCCGUAUGGUCCUUUAUCUGUUUGCUCGAAGAGCUCCAUAAAUCAGCCGUGUAUGUUGCUGGAGAGGCUGAUCAGGAUAGGGUUUUUUGGGAUUCAACGGAGCCGUUGGUUUGGAUUUUCCUCCGAAUCUUUUCCACAUCGCCCAAUAUACUCUCAGCAAUCCUUUGUCUGACGGCCGGCUUCGUCGCGCUAUCGGUGGAGGAGUCCGUUGUAGAGACGGUCUCUUCGGCGUUUGAUUUUGAGAUGGGGACGGCGACCCUAUCGUUGGAGGUGGCUUCCAGCGGAGCUGUGGCAGCUGGCGUCGUUGGGGACACUUUGGAGAUUGGUGAGUAUUGGAGCUGGGGGGAUAUAGGAAUUCUUGAUGAUUCAGAAAGGGUAGAGUCCUGUUCCCGGCAGCUGAAUCACAGCCGGCGUCGAUCAUAUUACGAGUCGUUGAUUGUUCGCGAGAAGCAGCCGAAUUCGCUCAUCUUGUCCAAUUACGCGCAGUUCUUGUACCAGUUCGAGUGGGAUCGGGACAGGUAUCUUGCUCUUUCUUAUCCAUGUUUUAUGCAUUUACCCCCUUCAUGUUUCGCAU